CUUUAAUUAGGUUAAUUCAACAAGCCGACAUAAGGCCACACACACAAUAAAAUGUGCAAUAAAAAAUUAAUCAAAAUUUGAAAGCUGCUUGCGAAUUUCGCGUGUCAUAUACAGAUUUGAUAAAGCUCUCUUGAGUGACGUUGUAACUCAAUUAUUAUUUCAACGAAACCAGGAUUUACAUGACACAGCGCGCUGUAGCGAAUUGAUGGCUGUUUUAUAUAAGUUUAAUAUUAUCAAAAGCUAUAUAAUAAAUAACAUCAUAUUUGAUUUUCAGUUCUUAACUAAAAAAAAAAUCUAUACUAAUAUUAUAAAAAGAAAAGAUUUCAUUGUUUCUUUGUUGCAUCGAAUAAGCUAUGAAAAUAAUAGACCGAUUUUAAAAAUUCUUUCACGCACGUGAAUUUAUAUUAUACAAGGAUGAGUUUAUAAUUUACGCGGCAAACAGCUACAUAGUUAUAUAUGAAUUUGAUUUCAUUUCUUUCCUAAAAUAAAUUUAAAAAUUAAUAGUGUCACUUCUUGAAGUUAUAAACACCAUUAAAAUAUUGUUAAUUUAAAUCCUUUUUACACGUUAUUAGAUAAAGAUGAAAAGUACAAAUGACAUUUUUGACGUAAAAACUUGUGUCUGGCAUACUGACUCGCCGAGAAUAAAUAUAUUUAUUGUACAUCCGUAACAUAAACAAUUUGUAAACUAUAAAGAGUAUAAUAUACAUACAUUUCGCUACAUGUCAUUACACCUGUCUUUGAUCUAUCCUAUUAAAAAUCUAAUAUAAGUUUAUCAUUAUUCAUGCAAUUAUAAAAAUAUGUUUAAAAUAGUUACAUCAGUUAUUAGAAGUGUCGCUACAGUAUUAAGACGACAAAUUAAUACUCACUCUUUUUUAAAUAGCAAAGAUAAAUCAGACCAAAGUAAUGUGCAAGUAAAUCCACCAUUGUGUCUAGAACCGAUAGAGGCCAAAGCAUACACAUCAAGAAAACAUAAUAAUCCUGAGCGUCAGAAACUCUAUGAGUAUGGUAUCUACUGCGCUGCUUGUAUGCCUAAAUAUGUACAGAAAGUACAGAUGCAACAUUGCGAUGAAUUAGAACUACUUGUGGCGCCAGAAGGAGUUUUUCCAGUACUCACUUUUCUCGCCCAUCAUCAGCAUGCAUGUUUCAAUCAAUGCUCAACUGUAACAGCCAUUGAUGUACCCAGAAGGCCGUUUAGAUUCGAAUUGAUAUAUUGCCUCCUUUCCUUGAGAUUUGGGCAACGGAUUCGAGUUAAAACAUACACUGACGAGCUCACACCGGUCCACUCGGCGUAUUCCCUGUGGAAGGUUUGCGAAUUCUUAGAAAGGGAAGUGUAUGAUAUGUUUGGCAUUAUAUUUACUCAUCAUCCAGACUUGAGGAGGCUUCUUACGGACUAUGGUUUUGCUGGCCAUCCUCUGCGAAAAGAUUUCCCUUUGGUCGGUUACACGGAGUUGAGAUACGAUGACGAAUUAAAAAAGAUCGUAUAUGAGCCGAUUGAGUUUGCUCAAGAGUACCGUAGAUUCCAAGUGGAGUCACCGUGGAAUUAUAUGAAAAAUUUCCAUGAGGGGUAUUGUAGUCCUCCCCCACCAAAGAAAAAAUAGAUUUUUCUUAAUUUUAUAUAGUUCGUUGAAUGAUGAUCUUAUUUGUUAUUGAUACUUUAAAAAUUAGCGUUUAACUAAAAUAAACCAAGUAAAUUUAAAAGGUUUUGAUGAAGGAUUUUAUUCUAAAUUUAUCUCUAUCUAAAUU